AGCGCGGAGCCGCAGUGCUGAAGCCCGAAAUGGAGAAAAAUGCGAACCUGCACCGGGACUCCGGCGGGAGCUCGGUGUGCGCCACCGUCCCGGCGGAGCCUGGGGAGGUCUGGGCGGCCGGAGGUGCUGGGAAGAAGGAUCUGUGCGCGGGGGAGAGCCCCGGCGGUGACCAGCAGACGGAGCGAAAGAACGGCGGCGGAGUGGCCGAGCCAGGCUCACCCAACCUCGGCUUCACGCAGGCCGAGGCCCCGCUGCCUGGAGCAGGGAAAUCCGGUGAGGCGUGCAGCAACGGGCCGGGGUGCGGGCCAGCCGGGGCUUCUGGUGGACCAGCCCAGGUCCUUUCAACACAGUCCACUCAGUUAGAGUCCAAACAAACCAGAGAGAGCAGAGUGGAGCCCGCUGUGCCUGAUGUGGGGGCUGGAGACAUCCAGUCAGACGGGAUGGACCAUGGAGGCCAGGCGCUGGUGGAGGAGCUCUCUGAGCCGGCCUCUGCUGGCCCUUUGGUCAGUGGAAGUGAACCAUCUCCCAGUCCAGAUUCUCUGGACUCUUCCUCCAUCCUGAACUCCUGCCCCAGCUCGGAGGUGAACGGAGAAGGCCUGGAGGAGGAAAGGGGUCUGGCCUCCUCAGCUGUUGGGGAAGAGAAGAAGGUGGCCUGCUGCAAGGACCGAGGAGCUGGACAGUCCAUAUACCACAUCAAGUGGAUCAGGUGGAAAGAGGAGAACACGCCCAUCAUCACCCAGAACGAGAAUGGGCCCUGCCCUUUGCUGGCCAUUAUGAAUGUCCUUCUGUUGGCCUGGAAGGUCAAGUUGCCGCCAAUGAUGGAGAUCAUAACAGCAGAGCAACUGAUGGAGUAUCUGGGAGACUACAUCCUCGAUGCCAAGCCGAAGGAGAUAUCUGAGGCCCAGCGGCUGAACUAUGAGCAAAAUAUGAGUGAUGCGAUGGCGGUCCUCCAUAAGCUGCAGACGGGUCUGGAUGUGAACGUGAAGUUUACGGGGGUCCGAGUGUUUGAAUACACGCCGGAGUGUAUCGUCUUUGACCUGCUGGACAUCCCGCUGUAUCACGGCUGGCUGGUCGACCCGCAGAUGGCUGAUAUAGUGAAGGCGGUGGGGAACUGCAGUUAUAAUCAGCUGGUUGAGAAGAUAAUCAGCUAUAAACAGUCGGAGAACAGUGAGCUCGCUGGAGAAGGGUUUGUGGCAGAGCAGUUCCUCAACAGUACGGCCACCCAGCUGACCUAUCACGGCCUGUGUGAACUCACCUCCACCGUGCAGGAGGGAGAGCUGUGUGUGUUCUUUAGAAACAACCACUUCAGCACCAUGACCAAAUUCAAGGGCCAGCUGUACCUGCUGGUGACGGAUCAGGGUUUUCUGACGGAGGAGAAGGUGGUGUGGGAGAGUCUGCAUAACGUAGACGGAGACGGGAACUUCUGUGACUCUGAGUUUCGGCUGAGGCCGCCAUCCGACCCGGAGAGUGUUUACCGCGGCCAGCAGGAUCAGAUCGACCAGGACUAUCUGAUGGCGCUGUCGCUGCAGCAGGAGCAGCAGGGUUCGGAGCUGGGCUGGGAGCAGCUCCCUGAGGGGAUCAGUGAUCUGGAGCUGGCGAAGAAGCUGCAGGAGGAGGAGGACCGCAGGGCUUCACAGUUCUACCAGGAGCAGGAGCAGGAACAGGCUCAAGCAGCGGCCGCCGCUGCCGCCGCACAGGCACAGGGCCAGCAGCAGGCAGCAGGGGGCGCUCAGGCCGAUGGUGCAGCAGGAGGAUCAGCAGCAGCGGCCGGAGCUUCGGCGGGGGGAGCGGCUGCCUCUCCGAGCCCGGGCAAGCAGCCCUCUACGGGGGAGCGCAAAGCCAAGAAAGAGGCCAAGGACAAAGAUAAAUGCAUCCUGUUGUAACAGCGGUGGAGCUGUUUGGUGUUUCUGGCGAUUGAAAAAAGCAAAAGGAGCAACAUUUCACACUGACUCAGUCCAGUAAGACCAGACAGUGGAGAUAGAGAGAGGGAGGGAGGGAGAGAGAGAGAGAGAGGUAGGUGAAGGAGGGAGAGGAUGCGCUGUUCCUAAGCCACCGGUGCCUGACUUUCUUUGCCCUUUGUGCUCUGAACACACACAGAAGAGCAGACGAGGGCAGCUGGGUGAAAAAACAACAACAAAAAAAAACAAAAACACUCGCUCUGCAUCUUUCCUACAGC